ACAAAAAUAUGUUUUUCGAUGGACCAAUAUUUUUGUCUGUACAGAUGAGAUUUGUUUCUAUUUAUAAACAUAUGACAUAUGUCCUUGAUUAUUUAUACUUUGAAGUUUUCUUGUCCACACAAAGUUAAUAAAGAUUGUUUUCCAAAUUGAAAAGGCUAGGUGAUUACUUUUUAAUCUUUUAAGCCAGAUUAAACUUCUACCAGGUGUGGAAUAUAGCAAAGAGCAGCAGUUGGACAAGCUAGAAGCUCUUAGGAAGCAGCUCAGACUUAAAAGGGAACUACUUUUGAAAUACAGAACUAUGUGUUCCUUUGACAUCCCGAAGAUUUAAUUAAAAUGUUAAGAUUCUUGUUCAGACUGUUAAUGAAUGAAAGGCUGAUAGAAAAGCUAUCAGAAUCGUACCCGAUCCGCCGUGCUGCAAAGUGGGUCGUAUACAUAGUUCAAAAGUCGAAGGCGAUACAAGAGGAAAAAGGUGGAAAGCUUUCGGACGGUAGUUUCAAAGGCCUCACACAAAAAAUAUCAAGUGCUUUGAAGGACGUGAGAAACAAUUUAGAAAAACAUUCCAAAAAAUGAGUUGUAUAAGAUAAUAUUAGUCCUUAGAAUAAAAAAAAAAUCAAAAUGAAAAACUAUUCAGUGGUUUUUAUAGAAAAUUCAGAUUAUCAACGAUUUGAUAAGGAUAAAAAUUUCAAUUUGAAAAAUGUCGUGUCUACAUAUUUUACUCAAUUCAAAGAACUCCCUAAAAGAAUCUACAUUUCUUUCAUCCCACCCGUAUUCAGUGAGAAUUCUAAGAAAGUUUAUGUGGAUUUGGUUGGGCCUUUAUUGGCUUUAUUAAUUUUGGGAUUUCUCUUGAACCUGGGCCACUCGUACAAACAUCCUUUGGCCUUAGCCGAUACUCCACCUUUUCUGAGUCUUGUCCUCUAUGCGACCUUUUUGCCCUCGUUUUGUUUUAUUUUAGUCAAAUUAGGAAAAUCUAACCUCAAUCCCAUGGAAAUAAUCUCCAUUUUGGGUUACGGCCUUUAUGCUCAUAUAUUUACCAUAAUGACUUGUUAUCUCGUAGAUUCGGAGUCUAGCAACUACUUAUUUUUCCUGUCGAUGAUAUUCUUCGGCGGGCUGAGCGGUUUCAGAAUUGUAGUGAUUCUCUUGUUGACAAUACCGAAACCUGGAGCAAGACUUGUUGCAUGUAGUUUGGUUACAAUUUUCCAUUUGCUUUUUCUUAUAUUUAUUCACUUUGUCUACAUGCAUAAAACAUUCAAAUAUGGCACAGGAAUAAAAGAGCAUGGAUAAUUAUUUAAGCUGAUUGUAAAUUAAAUGAUAAUAUGUACAUUUU